AUGCAAUCCUCCAUACUCUCUCUCCAUAAGCAUCCCCGCCUACCGGAAUUCAGCCUGUUUCCGGUCAAUCGUGUUAAAUUUCCGACAACCUGUGUCAGAUUCAGGCGAUGCCCAAUCUCAGCGGUAGCGUAUCCACCGGCAACGCCCCGGCACGCGAUCACGCAGUCAAUGCCACCAGAGAAGGUCGAGAUAUUCAAAACACUGGAAGGGUGGGCCACACAAACGAUCCUAUCCUUCCUGAAGCCGGUCGAGCAGUCCUGGCAGCCGCAAGAUUUCUUGCCGGACCCCACACUGCCGACGGAUGAGUUCAACGAAGAGGUGCGGGCCCUACAGGCCCGAUCAGCGGAAUUGCCAGACGAGUACUUCGUGGUGCUGGUGGGACACAUGAUCACGGAGGAUGCGUUACCCACGUACCAGAGCAUGAUCAACAGGGCCGAUGGUGUCCGCGACGAGACGGGCGCGAGCGAUAGUCCGUGGGCGGUGUGGACCCGGGCUUGGACGGCUGAGGAGAACCGGCAUGGGGAUCUGCUCGGGAAGUAUCUCUACCUGUCGGGGCGUGUGGACAUGCGCAUGGUGGAGCGCACCGUACAGUACCUCAUUGGAGCCGGCAUGGAUACCGGCGUUGGCAAUAACCCGUACCUUGGAUUCGUCUACACAUCGUUCCAAGAACGGGCGACCUUCGUUUCACAUGGCAACGCGGCCCGCAUGGCCAAAGAGGGAGGGGACCCCAUCUUAGCACGUGUGUGUGGCACGAUUGCAGCAGACGAAAAGCGACACGAGAAGGCGUACUCGAAGAUCGUCGAGAAGCUCCUUGAAGUGGACCCCACAGGUGCCAUGAUCGCUAUUGAGGAAAUGAUGCGCAAGAAGAUCACAAUGCCGGCCCACCUCAUGCAUGACGGGCGGGACCCGCAGCUCUUCAAGCACUUCUCGGCCGUGGCACAGCGGCUUGGCGUCUACACGGCUAAUGACUAUGCCGACAUACUCGAAUUCCUGGUGUGCCGGUGGAAGCUCGAGAAGCUCGAAGGGUUAACCGGCGCCGGACAGCGUGCGCAGGACUAUGUCUGCGGGCUGGCGCCGAGGAUACGCAAGCUGCAGGAGAGAGCCGAUGACCGGGCCCAGCACAGGGGGUCUCAUCAUGUGCGGUUCAGCUGGAUCUUUGAUAGGGAGGUCACGUUUUAG